AUGUAUGGAAAACCACCAGAUAUCGCGGGAUUGUACCCGUGUUUAGCCGUUAUCAAAUCACUGCCUAUAGCCAACGGACGACCACUCGCCCGGCGACGACGUCAUGGGAUCGGGGACGACAUCAGCAGAACUAUGCCAGGACCACAAGUGCUUCUCCCAGCUGGCGGCAAACAACACCUGCACCAGGUGUUCAUCAUUCAAAUCAGCAACGACACGUCGCUGCGCAAACGCAGGCUGACGUACAUUAUCGUCCACUGUUCGAGCCACAAGGUGCGGACCACACCAAACUACUAUUACUACUACACAACGGCUGCCCCACGAUGGGAUCCGCGCACGUAUCCAACAACACCAGCUCAGAGCUGGCCAUAUGGCUACACUCCGGCGAAUGAAAGGCGUGAGCCUGUAGCAGAUGAACGGUGGGUUACUCGUUUACUUAUUUAUUCUUUUGAGUGUUUAUUUUCUACACGCUUUUUAUUGGCUUAUUUACUUGCCAGCCUUUACUUCUUUGAUUAUUUUCUUGAUUACCGGUCUUUAUUCCGAGUCUUGUGGACACUGAGGGGAAAGUUUGUCUGGAAAUAUCGGCAGAGGGCAAGAACUAGUGCUAUAAAAUAA